UAUGGCUAGCCAAUCUCAGGGAAUACAGCUGCUGUUACAGGUGGAGAAACGAGCAGCAGAGAAGGUUUCAGAAGCCAGGAAGAGGAAGACUCGAAGGCUGAAACAGGCAAAAAAAGAAGCACAAGCCAAAAUUGAACUGUAUCGAUUGCAAUGAGAACAGCAAUUCAAAGAUAAAGAAGCAGCAGCUUUAGAGUCUCAUGGUAGUUCAGCUUCUGAAGUGGAUAAAGAAACAGUGUUUGUAUAUAUAGCAUAG